CCCAGAAUGGAGAAGAUGGUGAUGAAGGUGUCGAUUAUAUUUGUCCUUGGAACGAACUACUGGUUCCACUACUGUGCAGGUUUUCCCGUGUAUGACUAUGACCCGUCUUCCUUGAGGGAGGCUGUCAGCGCCUCCGUGGCAAAAGUGAAUUCCCAGUCGCUGAGCCCCUAUCUGUUUCGGGCAUUCAGAAGCUCAAUUAGAAGAGUCAACAUCUUGGACGAGGACAGCUUGACCAUGGACAUAGAGUUCGGCAUCCGAGAGACGACGUGCAGGAGGGGUUCUAGGGAAGACCCCGCCACCUGUAACUUCCAGAGGGGCUACUACGCACCGGCGGCUGUUUGCAGAAGCACCGUGCGGGUGUCUGCUGAGCAGGUGCAGGACGUGUGGGUUCGCUGCCACUGGUCCUCCAGCUCCGAGUCGAACAGCAGUGAAGAGAUGAUUUGGGGGGAUAUCUUGGGAUCCUCUACAUCAAGAAACAAUUAUCUGCUUGGUCUCACUCCUGACAGAUCCAGAAGUGAGCCAUUUUAUGAACGGUCACUUGAGAUCAUGAGAAGGGGCUUUCCUCCUGGAAAUAGAAGGGACCUGAACCUGUGGCCCAGAGCAAGAAUAAACACUGGCUUUGAGUGA